GACGGAAUAUUCCGUUACUAAGAUGACGGAUUCUACCGUUUCCCGCCAAGAAAAUAGCCCAAAACGACCUAACGACAGUAACGGCGAAUUCAAACGUCUAUUAGUUCCCGAAACCUCUCAGUCGGAGGACGAGCGCCGCGAAUCGCCACCGGAGAAUCAGGUCCUGAACGUAGAAGAAGACAGAGACAAAACCUACGAUUCGGUCCCGCCAUUCUCAUGGGCAAAGCUAUGGAAAUUCACCGGACCAGGAUUUCUCAUGAGCAUCGCGUUCUUAGAUCCAGGAAACAUCGAAGGAGAUUUACAAGCCGGAGCUGUGGCUGGGUACUCUCUCCUAUGGCUUCUUCUAUGGGCGACGCUAAUGGGACUUCUGAUGCAGCUUCUCUCUGCUCGGAUCGGUGUCGCGACGGGUCGGCAUUUGGCGGAGAUUUGCCGAAACGAGUAUCCAUCGUGGGCGCGAAUCUUGCUUUGGUUCAUGGCGGAGGUUGCUUUGAUCGGAGCUGAUAUUCAAGAAGUCAUCGGAAGCGCAAUUGCUCUUCAGAUUUUGACCCGAGGGUUUUUACCGAUUUGGGUUGGUGUUAUCAUCACAUCGUUUGAUUGCUUCUUGAUUUCGUAUCUGGAGAAAUGUGGAAUGAGGAAAUUAGAAGGUCUUUUCGCGGUUUUGAUUGCGACAAUGGCGCUUUCGUUUGCUUGGAUGUUUAAUGAAACUAAGCCAAGUGUUGAAGAACUAUUCAUAGGUAUUCUUGUUCCGAAGCUUGGAUCAAAGACGAUAAGAGAAGCUGUUGGAGUUGUGGGAUGUGUGAUAACUCCUCACAAUGUGUUCUUGCAUUCGGCUUUAGUGCAGUCUAGGAAGACGGAUCCAAAGGAGAUAAACAGAGUUCAGGAAGCUCUUAACUACUAUACAAUCGAAUCAUCAGCCGCGCUUUUUGUUUCGUUCAUGAUCAAUCUGUUUGUAACUGCGGUUUUCGCUAAAGGGUUUUAUGGAACCAAACAAGCUGAUAGUAUAGGACUUGUUAACGCGGGGCAUUACCUACAGGAGAAAUAUGGCGGUGGGGUUUUUCCGAUACUUUACAUUUGGGGAAUCGGUUUAUUAGCUGCUGGACAAAGCAGCACUAUAACCGGGACUUACGCUGGACAGUUUAUAAUGGAAGGGUUCUUAGAUCUUCAGAUGGAACAAUGGCUUUCAGCUUUUAUAACGAGAAGCUUUGCAAUUGUACCUACUAUGUUUGUUGCUAUUAUGUUUAACACAUCCGAGGGCUCGCUCGAUGUUUUAAACGAAUGGCUUAACAUUCUUCAAUCGAUGCAGAUUCCUUUCGCGGUUAUUCCUCUCUUGACUAUGGUUUCUAAUGAACAUAUCAUGGGUGUCUUCAAAAUCGGACCUUCGCUCGAGAAGCUAGCGUGGACUGUGGCGGUGUUUGUGAUGAUGAUAAAUGGGUAUCUUCUUCUUGAUUUCUUCAUGGCUGAAGUGGAAGGGUUUCUUGUUGGUUUUUUGGUUUUUGCUGGAAUAGGGAAUUCGAAGAUGAUGGAGUCUAGGUCUCCGAUCUGCAACACUUGCGGUGAAGAUAUUGGUGUAAAAUCAAACGGAGAGUUCUUUGUGGCUUGUCAUGAGUGUAGUUUCCCGAUCUGCAAAGCUUGUCUUGAGUAUGAAUUCAAAGAAGGUCGACGAAUUUGCUUGCGUUGCGGCAAUCCUUAUGAUGAGAAUGUGUUUGAUGAUGUUGAGACAAAGACAUCUAAAACUCAAUCCAUUGUUCCAACACACAUCAAUAACACUCCUCAGGUGGAUUCUGGGAUUCAUGCUAGACAUAUAAGUACAGUCUCUACAAUUGACAGUGAUCUGAAUGAUGAAUAUGGGAAUCCAAUAUGGAAGAACAGAGUUGAGAGCUGGAAAGACAAGAAAGACAAGAAGAGCAAGAAGAAGAAGAAAGAUUCAAAGGCAACAAAAGCUGAAGAACAUGAGGCUCAGAUUCCUACCCAACAACACAUGGAAGAUAUGCCAUCGAACACAGAGGCUGGUGCUACAGAUGUGCUUUCGGUUGUGAUUCCGAUCCCGAGGACAAAGAUCACUUCAUACAGGAUCGUGAUCAUCAUGCGGUUGAUCAUCUUGGCUCUGUUUUUCAACUACCGGAUCACGCAUCCUGUCGAUAGUGCUUACGGUUUAUGGCUAACAUCUGUGAUAUGUGAGAUUUGGUUUGCUGUUUCUUGGGUGUUGGAUCAGUUCCCUAAAUGGUCUCCUAUUAACCGAGAAACUUACAUCGAUCGGUUAUCCGCAAGAUUUGAAAGAGAAGGCGAGCAGUCACAGCUUGCAGCUGUAGAUUUCUUUGUUAGUACAGUUGAUCCAUUAAAGGAGCCACCUUUGAUCACUGCAAACACUGUUCUUUCGAUCCUCGCGCUGGAUUAUCCGGUUGAUAAAGUCUCUUGCUAUGUAUCUGAUGAUGGUGCAGCAAUGCUUUCUUUUGAGUCUUUGGUUGAGACAGCAGAUUUUGCUAGGAAAUGGGUACCUUUCUGCAAGAAGUACUCAAUCGAGCCACGAGCUCCUGAGUUUUACUUCUCGCUUAAAAUUGAUUACUUGCGGGAUAAAGUUCAGCCUUCUUUUGUGAAAGAACGUAGAGCCAUGAAAAGAGACUAUGAAGAGUUUAAAAUAAGAAUGAAUGCUUUAGUCGCCAAGGCUCAAAAGACACCAGAAGAAGGAUGGACAAUGCAAGAUGGAACCUCUUGGCCUGGAAACAAUACUCGUGACCAUCCCGGGAUGAUUCAGGUUUUUCUUGGAUAUAGCGGUGCUCGUGAUAUUGAAGGAAAUGAACUUCCAAGAUUAGUUUACGUCUCUAGAGAGAAGAGACCUGGCUAUCAACAUCAUAAAAAGGCCGGGGCAGAGAAUGCAUUGGUGAGGGUGUCUGCGGUUUUAACGAAUGCUCCAUUCAUUCUUAACCUUGAUUGUGAUCACUACAGAUUUGAUGGAAUCGACAAGAGUGAUCGAUAUGCUAACCGCAACAUAGUUUUCUUCGAUGUUAAUAUGAGAGGGCUUGAUGGGAUUCAAGGUCCAGUUUAUGUUGGUACAGGUACUGUCUUUAGAAGACAAGCACUUUAUGGAUAUAGUCCACCUUCUAAACCGAGGAUUUUACCGCAAUCUUCUUCCUCGUCUUGUUGCUGUCUAACCAAGAAGAAACAACCCCAAGAUCCUUCCGAGAUUUACAAAGACGCAAAGCGAGAAGAACUUGAUGCUGCAAUCUUUAAUCUUGGGGACCUAGACAACUACGAUGAGUACGAAAGAUCGAUGCUGAUUUCACAAACAAGCUUUGAGAAAACGUUUGGUCUCUCUGCGGUUUUCAUCGAGUCUACUCUUAUGGAGAAUGGCGGAGUCCCUGACUCUGUAAACCCGUCAACGCUUAUCAAAGAAGCGAUUCAUGUCAUUAGCUGCGGAUACGAAGAGAAAACCGAAUGGGGAAAAGAAAUCGGAUGGAUUUACGGGUCGAUCACGGAAGACAUCUUGACGGUUGCUUACUGUACUCUUCCUGCUAUCUGCCUUCUCACCGGCAAAUUCAUCAUCCCAACGCUAUCAAACCUAGCAAGCAUGCUGUUUCUAGGUCUCUUCAUAUCAAUUAUCUUAACGAGUGUCCUCGAGCUUCGAUGGAGCGGAGAUUGAUGAUCUUUUUUGGUUGUUUUAUAAAUUUUCAUAUGGUUG